AGCAAAACACCUUAAAUGCCUAAUGAUUCCCAUUAAGUGUCAACAGCUGCUACAAUCUUUCAUUCGCACCCGGCAUACAACAAGACGGAUGGGUAUUUCUAAAGCAGACACGUUUUCUCAUCUCUUUUCUCUUCUCUCCUGAACCAUGGAGGAAGAAGCGAGUGGUAGUUUUGACAGCAUGUACAACGCGUUCCGUAGUCUGGAGGCGUUGAACAGUCGACUGUCUCGCGGCCUCCAGACGGCGUAUCUCGUCCUCAGCCUGGUGGUGGCUGUGGGUUGUGGCCUGCUGCUCAUCUACCUGGUCUGGAAGAAGGAGUAUCUCCGAAAGCCCCGCCACUACCUGCGGUGUAACCUGGCAGUAGACGACAUCAUCUUCACGGCCUGCAUCAUUCCCACCGAGAUCUGCUUCCUCUUCAGUCAAGACGACACCAACGAUCAACAGUUCUGUGCGGUCCAAGUGCUGGUGGUUCACCCGUCCACAAUAUCCAUGUUUGGUACCUACCUGCUCAUGGCCAUAGAGCUGUACUACUUCAUCUGCAAGCCGCUCCACUACAACGGAAAAGUCACCACAAAGCGCGUCGCCAUCGGCAUCGUUGCAGUCAGGGCAAUCGCCAUGAUCUUCGGGAUCGGGCCUCUGGUGGUGAAGCGACUGCAGGGCUCGGGUGACAGCCUGCGGUGUGGUCCCGAGCCCAUCGGCAGCACCAGCGCGUCCGCCGUCUUCAGAAGCGUUGGUCAGGGCGGGAUCGUGCUCGCAGUCCUCGCCAACUUCCUGCUCUACUUCUUCGUCUUGAAGGAAGCCAGAAAACAACAGGAGAGAGACGAGAAUCGCAACCUGUGGCUCUGUCAGACCAAGGCCUUCAGAACGAUGGCACCGCACGCCAUUGUUGUCAUCGUGUCGGCAGCAACCCUCGCCUUCGUCAGUGCCUCGUUUCGGUCUCUUUUCAACGGAGACGGAAGAAAAGCGACAGCCUCUCUGCUCAUCACAGCUCAAGUGGCCAAGCUGCUAAACAUAACCGUCUCAUCGAUGGUCAACCCCAUUGUCUACAGCUUCGGGCGCCCGGAGUUCUUGCGAGCUUUGAGGGAGCUGUGCAGCACGCCUCCUGACGCACCACCAGUGUCACAGGGCAUGAAGACGGCUGUCUUCAACAUCCACAUCUCAUCAGCACCAACAAUGCCACAAGGAAAGCGCCAGCAGGGAGAGGAGUCUCCCCACAGUCCGGUUCAAACACAGGCAACACGUCAGGCAGAGGCAUCGCCCCAGGGAGCGCCACUUCCAGGACAGUGCACACAGCAGACGCCCCAACCAAACCGGCCCGCUGUCCUCACCGUACAAGCAGAGGUGCACCCUAGCCCACCGCCACUCCCACAACACCGCGGACAGAAGACAGGCCCUCCUGAACAACACAGACAGGCAGAGGUGCACACCAGCCCACCACCACUCCAACACAGACAGCCAGAGGUGCACCCCAGCCCACCGCCACUCCCACAACACCACGGACAGAAGACAGGCCCUCCUAAACAACACAGACAGAAGAUGAAGGGAAAUUCCACUUCGAUGCCAGUCAUUUACAUAGACGAGAAUCUCAUUUUUCUUAGAUUAUGA